UGGAGUGAACAGUAGUGAGGUAGUUGUGAGCAGGAUGAGUGUGCUCAGUGUGCUGGUUUUACUGCUGCUGCUGGGACUGAGCUGGGGACAAUAUAUCAGAGAUGGAGGGCAGCCCCGCCUCCACAUCUUCCACCACUCCUGCGCCCUGAAGAAGGACGAGGGUCCGUGUAAAGCGGUGAAGGACCGGUUCUACUUCGACAUCGACUCGGGUCGCUGCGAGAGCUUCGAGUACGGGGGCUGCCAGGGAAACGCAAACAACUUCCAGACCCUGGAACAGUGUGAGGAGAUGUGUGUGGUCAAAGAGAAUAAGAGUCCCUGCCACCUGGAGGACGAGCCGGGUCCGUGCCGGGGGCUGGUGCCACGCUACUUCUUCGACAGCAGGAAGCAGGAGUGCAGGAGGUUCUUCUAUGGUGGCUGCUUCGGAAACGCCAACAACUUCAAAACCCUCAAAGAGUGUCGAGAUCGUUGCCAUCCAGGUAAUGAUACUGAUGGACCCAGACCUGACACCAGUACUGAAAAAUCCCCCAAACCAGACGAACUCAUCGACUCUGCCCCAAACAGACAGCCCCAGCGACAGCCACGCCCAGAACCCAGCAAAGAGUUCACUCCUCCAGAACCGUGUCUGAGUCCGGUGGAUCGGGGAAACUGUGACCGGGUAGAGAGGAGAUAUGCCUUUAACCCGCGGGUCAAACGCUGCCAGAUGUUCCAAUACAGCGGCUGUGGUGGCAACCGUAACAACUUCCUCCACAAGAGACACUGCAUGAAGACCUGCACACCAGAUCACUCGCGAUUGAGACAAAUCCGGAUAAAGAAGAAGAACUCAAAUAUCUUAUUCAGAUCCAUCUAAAACCUCAUAACUCCAUCUGAUCUGAUACUACACUACCUGUCUGAUUAUGGAAUAUUUAACUCAGUUGUAACUGUUUAAUGAUUUGAACUGAUUAUAACUGUAUUUUCACUAAUUGUGUGCCUUGUUUAACACUUUAUGCACUGUUCCUUCUGCUUAUGUGUAUCUAACCCAACUGGUUUGUGUGUUAAACACUGAAGAAAUACAUGCAAUAAAUCAGUUUUAAUAAAAUAUGUACAAUAGUAUCAAACUAUAUUACAUCUACAUCUAUUUACUGUGUUUCAGUGUGUGAAUUAUUUUGCAAUGUUUAUUUCGUUACAUUUAAUAUACGUUAUAAGGGUUGGGUAAUGGAUCUUAUAUAUUCAACUGUUCAAAACUAUUUUUGCAGUGUACUGUGUCACCAUAUAAGCCUUAUGCUUAUUAUAUAUAUAUAUAUAAAUCAUAUAUCAUAUGAUUACUAUAUCAUACUAUAUGAAAUCAUAUAUUAUGAUAUAUGAUAAUUUCUCAUAUUGAAAUAUGAGAGCCCUAUACUUUUAUUCAGUAUAUAGAUUUGUUCUGCUUCACACUCAUAACUCUGAACUGUGUAAAUACAUAUAUAUUUACAUUACUGUAUAUUGUGUGUGUGUGUGAUGGUGUACUUUUAUUUUGAAAAAUGAAAUUAAAUCUGUGUUAAAUAAA